AUGGAGCUCGUACAGCUGUUAGUUCACCAUCUCCCAGCUGAAUAUUUACUGGGCAGCGACAGCGACGACGGCGAUUGGGACAUUGGCGUCGUGCGGCAGGAGCCGCUGCAGUUGGAUCAAAUGUUGCAGGCAGAGAAGAAUGAGGCAUUAAAGAAGGCCCUGUUUCGUGGUGAUGUGUCAUUAAUUGAAGAUCUGUUAAACUCAGGUAUCAGCAUAGAAACUAGCUUUCAGUUUGGAUGGACUCCCCUGAUGUGUGCAGCCAGCGUAGCUAACUUUGCAGUAGUACGUCUUCUUCUGGACAGAGGUGCUAAUGCAUGUUUUGAAAUAGAUAAAUACACUGUGUUGAUGGCAGCAUGUACUGCACAAGCUUCAGAGGAGAACAUCUUGAACACUGUCGAACUGCUUCUAUCAAGGAAUGCUGACCCUAACCUUACUUGCAGGAAGCAAAUGACUGCACUGAUGUAUGCAGCUAGAAAAGGCUAUCCUCGGGUUGUUGCUUUUCUUGUUGCUCAUGGAUCACACAUAAAUGCCCAAGAUGAAAACGGAUAUACAGCAUUAAUAUGGGCAGCACAGCAUGGACAUAAAAGUGUAAUUUUGAAGUUGCUUGAGCUAGGAGCUGACAAAAAUCUACAGACCAAGGAUGAAAAAACAGCAGCAGAACUAGCAAAAAUCAAUAAACAUUUAGAGAUAUUUAGUUUGCUCUCUUUGGCUGCAAAUCACGUGCAAGGGAGAUACCAUAAAACAGCUGAGCAAGAGACUAUCUGCAAAUUUCUGACUGCUGUCUCUGACCACAGUGUUGGUUCCUAUUCAACUUUUCAUGACAUGGAAGUGUUUUUACAUGGUCUUGGUCUAGAACACAUUAGAGGAUUAUUGGAGGAACAAGGUAUAACUUUAAGACAACUUCUGAUCAUGCAAAAAGAUGACUUAAUACAGAUUGGCAUUACAAAUGCUGGAGAUCAGCAGAAACUCCUAGAUGCUAUUAACGAUCUGCAAACAGAAGAAAAAAAAUUUGAAGACUUCUCUGAAGUUAUGAAGCUGGAAUUGAGUGAAGAUGAAUUGCUCAAGUUUCUUCAGAAGUUGAAUAAAGAGUGUAGUAAGCUGAUCAUUCCUGUGCAGACCAUGAAUAACCAUUUCCUCAAAAAUUCUCACAAGAUGGUACUGCAGUGGGCACCGACUGAAUGUUAUAUUGAAGUCUGCAAAGAUGUGAUUUGCAGUGUUAAAAAGUUGGGAGAAGAAGUUGGCAGACUGAAGGACCUCGUGGUGGAGUAUGAAGAGAAGAAUAAACCUAACCAAGUGAAACUUCCAGAAAAAGCAGCCACCUUGGAAAAAAGAUUAGUAAAAAUGGGAGGGGUAACAUUGCUUGGAUUUGGUUUUUUCUUCUUUGUAAUUAAAUUAGUAGCAAAGAGAACCCUAGUUUAAAGCUGUUUCUCAUCAUAUCUUUAGUAUUUGUAUCCAGUAUGUACUUUGAUCUAAAAAUGAAAUUAUUAAAAAUUAAAACUGU